ACUGCUAUAAAUUCACUCUUCUUUCGUGCCCUUUUUGCCUCACAUAUACCUCUCUUCUAAUAGCUACUAUACCUAUACCUUUUCUCUCUCCAGUUUUAAAAAAGAAAAAAAAAUGAUGCAAACCGUGUUUGCUUGCUUGAACAGGCAAGUCUCAGAUGUUAAAGUAGGAUCAGUAGUAGAGCAAGCUGAGGCAAAACCGGCUGUAUAUAGAGAUGAGUUGACGAAAAAGCAAGCACCCUGCAGAAAGGCGGCCGUGGCAGUGAAGAAAAGUGUGAGGUUUGCUGAUUCAGAGCCCACAAUUUUAGGAGGAGAUGAGUUGGAGAAGGAAAAGGAAAGUGGGAAGAGAAUUAUAAGCAGUGGUAAUAAUAAAAGGGAGGGGAUUAGAGUGAAGGUGAAGAUGACGAGGGAAGAAGCAGCCAGACUGUUAUCAAAGUGCAAAGAAGGAGGAUUUCUUGAGUUCGGGGACGUUGCUCGUGAGCUCGUAUCCAUCCCAGUAGGCCGCGUUAGCGUCGUGCCCACUUCCUUAAACAAGAUCGAAGAAGCCACUCUUGAUGAAAUGGCUGAAUAGUUAGUAGCCUUUAAUUAGCUCUAGAAAGAUGCAGCAGAAAACUAUAUGUAUAGCAGUCCUUUACUACUGAACUUAUACUCUUUUUUUGGGACAAAUACUUCACCACUGUAUCAUAUGUGAUCUCUAUAUAUGUAUUUUUAGAUGUGAAGUUUACGCCAAGCAUGCAUUGCUUAUAGACUUCUGAUCCUUCUCAUCUUUCUGAUCUUUGAUAUAAAUGAUUAGAGACAGGGUAGGCAGAAUGAUAUUCCCAAGUUGAGAUCAGUUGUUGGAACAGGAAAGUAUUAAAGAGGGGCUUCAGAUUGGAUUAUCAGAGGCAUACUGUAAAUAUCUCUUUUUGGCAAUGUAUUAUAUAGAGUAU